UAGAAAAACCCUUUUUCGGGUUUUUAGCUGCCGGUAAAAAACCCAGCGCGAUCGAGGCCGCAUACCCACCAUCCAGAGGCGCGCGGGCUAAGCCCAGACAGCGCACAACGCAAAUUCGCAGCGAUAACCUCCUUCACAACGCGCAGUGACCAAUAAAACCUCCCAGAGGGAAAGACAGCCCAAAACCAUGUCCGCCCUCACGGACUACUCCAAAUGGGACGCCAUCGACGACAGCAGCGACGCGGAGAGCGACGCCGCGCAGCAAAAUGCGCCAAAAGAGGACCCGGUGCUGACGGGCGCGAAAAACGUCGUCUGCCAGCUGCGAGCCAAGCUCUCGCUGCUGCCUGAGGGCACGCUGGACGAGGGCUGGACAUCACCACCGCUGCCGGGCGGCGCCUCGAAGCGGGAGCUCUUCACCGCGACGUGCCUGCGGCUCGAGUUUCCGGGCAUUUUCUCGAACGAAGAGGAGGCGGCGUGCCCGCACGUCGACAACUGCGCGGAAAUCAGCGAGGAGCCUUCGUUAUCUUCGGGGACGACGUCGCGUCGACGGCGUGAAAAGAGCGGAUGCAGUUCCGUGGACAGCGUCGCGUCGAUAGCGCGGCACCUCCAUGAAGUCGAGCAGACGCAGUCGCGGUGACACCAUCGCGUCGAUCGGUGGCACCUCCCCACCGUCGAGCAGCCGCGGUUUCUGCACCGACGUCGCGUCGACGGCGUGGACGAGCGGACGCGACCACGGGAACACUCGCGGCGGGGCGACGAUCACGGUAACAAGCACAGGUCGACACCCUCGCGAAGGAGAACGUGCGGUAUCUGCGGGUGACGCGGCCGAGCGGCGGCGCGUCCCACGUCUACGCGACGCCUCCCGAGGAGAUCCGCGUCGUGCCGCUCGUCAACGAGGUCGAGGGCGCCGUCGAGCGCGUCCGCGCCUUCCGCGACGGCCAGAUCCGGUACUUCGACCGGGACCGCGCGACGGGCAAGGUCGUGGCGUCGUCGGCGAAGCUCUCGACGCUCCACGAGGACGUCAUCGACGCGGCCGAGACGGCGGCGAUGCUCGGGCCGGGCGCGCCGACGCCCUGGCUCUCGGGCGAGGGCGAGGACGAGUUCGUCGUGCGGGAGCCGCCCGAGUAGAUGCGGCGGCGCGUCGAUGGCGUCGGGGGCUGAUUUAAAAUGUGUACCAAA